AUGACCGACGUUUUCAGAAAGAAUCAACGGUAUUUGACUGACGGAUCCAGUUUUCUCACGCCCAGAAUGGGUGGAUUUCAUGAAAAUAGGCUUAUUCGAUGUGUACGAGAACGUGAGAAGGAAAUCAGAACGAAGCACGUUGUGACGGAUGUCGGCGGAAAAACGCCAUCGCAGGACAUGAAGGUGGAUCGCUGGUUUCUGACGAGAUUCUCCAUCGAUAAUGCCUAUGGCGGCUUAUGCGAAGAGUUCUUCUCAUUAGAUGGCGGACCGAGUGCGUGGGAAACACAGACCGGCAAAGGAAAUCCAUUCAUAGCGACUCCACUUGGUGGAAACACGAAUCGUCAACUCAAGGUGGGCAAUGUUACCUUAUCAGGGGUCCCAGCGGUCGCGGAAGCGUAA